AUGACCGCUGGCGAGAUGGACGGGGAGGUGCCCGCAGGCUCGGGGGGAGCCGGCACAGACUUGGCAAAGCCUCCAGUAAUUGAGCCAAAGGAUCCGGAACAGCUGCUAAUGCAGACGCCCCAGGGAAACCCGCUGCUGCUCUCCCACACCCUACAAGAGCUGUUGAGCAAGGACACUGUGCAGGUGGAGCUUAUACCUGAGAAGAAGGGCCUCUUUCUGAAACACGUGGAGUAUGAAGUUUCCAGCAAGCGCUUCAAGUGCUCUGUGUACAGGCGAUACAAUGACUUCGUGGUAUUCCAUGAGAUGCUGCUUCAGAAGUUCCCAUAUCGUAUGGUGCCUGCACUUCCUCCAAAGAGAAUGCUAGGAGCUGACCGAGAAUUCAUAGAGUCUAGGCGGCGGGCUCUGAAGCGUUUCAUUAAUCUGGUGGCUCGACAUCCCCCUUUCUCAGAAGAUGUGCUCCUGAAGCUCUUUCUCUCCUUUAGUGGCUCGGAUGUGCAGAACAAGCUGAGGGAGUUGGUCCAAGGAGUGGGAGACGAGUUCAUGACUUGCCAACUAGCCCCCCGGGCCAAGGACUUCCUCCCAGCCGACAUCCAGGCCCAGUUUGCUGCCAGUCGAGAGCUUAUCCGAAACAUCUACAACAGCUUCUACAAACUGCGGGACCGUGCAGAAAGAAUAGCUUCCCGAGCCAUUGAUAAUGCCUCAGAUCUUCUCAUAUUUGGAAAGGAACUAAGUGCUUUGGGCUCAGACACGACACCACUUCCCUCCUGGGCUGCUCUGAACAAUAGCACGUGGGGGACUCUGAAACAGGCCUUGAAAGGCUUGUCUGUCGAAUUUGCGCUGUUGGCCGAUAAGGCUGUACAGCAGGGAAAACAGGAAGAGAGUGAUGUGGUGGAGAAGCUGAACCUUUUCCUGGAUUUACUCCAGUCCUAUAAAGAUCUAUGUGAGAGGCAUGAGAAGGGAGUACUGCACAAACACCAGCGAGCUUUGCACAAGUACAGCAUGAUGAAGAAGCAGAUGAUGAGUGCCACUGUGCAGAACAAGGAGCCAGAGUCCGUGGAACAGCUGGAGUCACGAAUUGUGGAGCAAGAGAAUGCCAUCAUGACCAUGGAGCUGCGGAAUUACUUUUCUUUGUACUGCCUCCACCAGGAGACACAGCUAAUCCAUAUCUACCUGCCUCUCACUUCCCACAUCUUGGGAGCUUUUGUCAACUCCCAGAUCCAGGGCCAUAAAGAGAUGAGUAAAGUUUGGAAUGAACUGAAGCCAAAGUUGAGCUGCCUGUUUGUGGGACCCCACAACAUGCCAACACCACCAUUGUCACCCCCAGAGGGCAACUUCUUUGCCAAUUAA